AUGCGUCCUCUCACUGAAGAAGAGACCCAGACGGUCUUCAAGAAGCUCGCCGACUACACUGGCGCCUCACUAAAGAACCUGAUUGCGCCCAUCGACGACUCUCCCGAUGCCGACCGCCACGUCUUCCGGUUGUCGCACGACCGUGUUUACUACGUAUUGCUGUCGGUCGCCAACCUGGCCACCUCGGUCGCCCGCGACAAGCUGCUCUCGGUCGGAACAUGCUUAGGCAAAUUCACAAAGACGGGCAAGUUCCGCCUCCAUAUCACCGCCCUCCCCGUCAUCGCCGAGCACGCCCGCUACAAGAUCUGGGUCCGCCCCAACGGUGUCAUGCCCUUUCUGUACGGCGGCAACAUCCUCAAGGCCCACGUCGGCCGCUACUCUGAGGACUGCCCCGAGCACCAGGGCAUCGUUGUUGUCACCAUGGACGACAUCCCCAUUGGCUUUGGUGUGACGGCGCGCGGCACGGUCGAGGCACGGCGUGUGGAGCCGACGGCGAUUGUAUGUUUCCGGCAAGCAGACUGCGGCGAGUACCUGCGUGACGAGAGCUCGCUGUUCUCGUCUGGUUGA